UCUAUACUCUUUUCCACAGUAAUUUAGAUUAAACUUGAAAUCGGUAGUGUACAAAAGUGAAAUAAUUACGAAGUUCUUGAAUUGAAUUUUUUUAAUGAAAGAUACUAUAAUUAAAAAAAUUAAAUUUUAUAUUUAAUUUCAGAUAACAGUGAAAGAUAAUUACAAACAAAAAAAAAAAAAUGACAAAAUCAGAGAAUAUUUUCUUAUUUGUGCCCAAUAUUAUUGGCUAUGGCAGAGUGAUUUUGGCUAUCAUAUCUUUUUAUUUCAUGACAACUAAUUAUAUUAUUGCAUCAUGGUGUUAUAUUAUUAGUGCACUAUUAGAUGCAAUAGAUGGUUAUGCAGCAAGAUAUUUUAAUCAAGGCACCAAAUUUGGUGCUAUGCUUGAUCAAUUAACUGAUCGUAUUGGUACCAUGUGUCUUUUAGCUGCACUCUGUACAUUUUAUCCAUCUUACUCAUUUUGGUUUCAAUUAAGUAUGGCUAUUGAUAUUAGUUGUCACUGGAUAUAUUUGCAUACGUCUCUUUUACAAGGAAAAACAAGUCAUAAAUUUAUUGAUAUGUCUGAAAAUCCAAUUAUGAGGCUGUAUUACACUAAUCGUAAAGUUUUAUUUUUUAUGUGUGCUGGUAAUGAAGCCUUUUAUGCUGCAUUAUAUCUCCUUUUUUUUACUGAAGGACCUACUUUUGUUGGUAUAAGUUUAUUUAGAUUGGUAAUGUAUCUCUCUGCUCCCAUAGCAUUUAUUAAAGCUGCUAUCUCAUUGUUACAUGGAUAUAUUUCCUGUAUCAAUUUAAGUAUUAUUGAUCUCAAGGAAAGACAGGAACAUUCAAAAUUGAAUUAAGUUAUUGCAUUUAUUUAGCAUAUAUUCAGAUUAAAUGUGAUUAAUUAAUCUUCCUAAUUUAUUAUCCUUUACAUACAAAUAUAUAAUUACAUAUUUACUAAUUGAUUUAAUUAAAUGUGCCAUAUUUGCAUUUGAGUUGAUAAAUAACAAAAAAAUAGAUGAUGCUAGUCAAAAUUUAUUUUAAUAACAACAAUAACAGUUAUUUUAAUAAUAACAAAUAUACAU